CCGGUGCGUUACGGGGCAGUAGUGAGCCGUCGGGACGCUUGACCAAGAAAAAGACAAGCGAGCGAAACUCGAAUCUCUUUAACGUCACUUUGACACAAGUAAAUUUCAAUUUAGAACUCGCGAGUUUCCUCGAGCGACCCGCUUGGCAACAAUGCUCGCUACCCGGGCGACGGCAGCGAAACAGACUCGAGGGAAAGUUGCCAACAAGCAGCGGAACGAGCACCGGGCCAGCAAGGUGUUGGCCGAGAGGAACCAGGCGGUGGUGGCCGUGGGAGCCUGGGUGGAGGACGGCCAAGAAUUCGAGGAGCAUCCGUGUGACUUGGCUUCUUACACCGACGAGCUUCAGGCGGAGAAGCAGAGGGAGAAUGAAGAGAGCCUGCGAAGAUUUCAGGCGCAAGUGCGUCGUCGUGUGGCUGCAAUGAGCAAGAGGCGGCUUCAGGAAGCACAUUCAACGGGUCUCGUUAACAGGGGAAUCCUGAAGCAACAUCGUGUGCCAGGGAAGACAAACAUAAAUGAGCUCCGCGACAGUACCCGUCAGGUCCGACUCAAACUGGCAGCCUGCCAGACCAGCCAGUCCAUCGAUGAAACGUCAGAGCCCGCCGCGGACAACUGGAAGAUCUCACUCACCAGACAUAUAACUGAAUGUGAUGUCCUGAGGGAGGAAGAGGAGGAGGAUGUUGAAGAUGAUGAUGAUGAAGAUGACUACAGAAGUGACCUAUUGAGAUACCCAGCAAGCAGUACCAGAUCCGUUUUGACAACUGCACGUAGGUGGGACGUUUCCACAUCUGAUCCGAGGAUCGACAAGGUUAUGUGGCCUAUGCAGGAUCAGGAGGAGUUGAGAAGACAGCGUCAGUCGCAGUUCCUGAUGCACCGCCGCCACUUCAUGAGCGUCGAGCGGCAGCGUGUGAAAGAGAGCGACCAGCACAGGAAGCACCUGAAAAGGACGGCCAGGAUCAAAGCGAACAAGGAAAAAGCUCGCCUGGAGGAGGAGCGGCAGCUGGAGCGCACCCGGCAGCUCUCGCACGUGCGCCAGCGCCUGCAGGAGCGAGAGAUGCUCGUCCUGGACCGCCUCAAGCUGGAGAAGGAGGAGAGAGCGGCCGACCUGGAGAGGAGGAAACGAGAGAGCGACAAAAGCAUCGUGGCCGGCAGGUACGUUGACGCUCUGAGAUCCCAAGUGAGGGACCGAAUGGCCAACAAGAAGUUGGACCUGCCGCCGCUGUGUUGCUGCGCGUCGUCCUUCUGGGAGUCGCACCCCGACACCUGCGCCAACAACUGCGUCUUCCACAACAAUCCCAAAGAAUAUGCGCAGGCGCUACAUGCAGCCGUGUUGAGUCUGGAUUUAAAGUGAAAACUGCUGAAGAGCUGCUGACCAAGAAUCAAACGAACAUAAAGAGAAAUACGUUGACUCCAGGGCUGGGCAAACUUUUUGUUUCAAGGUUGAAAUAGUGGAUUGGCUUUUAUGGUUUUACAUGUUAAUACAACCUCUGUGUGUAGAUAAUGAGUUUAAAUGCUAAUUAAAAUGACUGAUUGUU